GUGACGUCUGUUCGACGGCUUGACAGAGGUGGAGCAAGAAGAAGAAAGGCCACUCGAGCGUCCUUUUUGCUGCGACCGACCCGUGACGACGCAGGCCAAUGUCCUCCAGCUUCGUCAAGGCCAAGCUCAAGGCCUCGAGGGAGGCGAUACAGGCCAAGGAUUGGCAAGGGGCUGUCGAAGCGGCCGACCAGGUCGUCGAGCAUGAGGGCGACAACUACAAUGGCCACGUCUUUCGGGCCUUGGCCCUGCUCAACCUCGAGAAGUACGACGAGAGCGAAAAGGCGUACCAGAAGGCCAUCAAGCUACAGCCAGGGCAACUUUUGGCAUGGCAAGGCCUCGAGAAGUUCUACAUGCAGCAAAAGCAAUGGGACAAGGCUGCUGGUGUCCUGCAAAGGGAGAUGGAUCUUGCCGUCGAGGGGCAGGAUGUGACGAAAUGUGCAGAGGCGCUCCAGAAACUCGUUCAGUUGCAGAGGGAAGAGGGAGGGCGGUCGAAGCUGGCAGCAGCUCUCUCUCUCUACCUGCCAGACUCGCCCUAUUUUGCUCUGCUCAGUACCUUGCCCGCGCCGGACCAAACGGCGCCCAAGUCGACCUCGACCUUCGAGGCGCAAAUGGCGAUGCAUUCGGACGCCCUCAAGGUCCUUCUCGAGGUCAUUUCGCUCUUCGAGGGUUUCGAAGGAGACUCGGUGGACAAAGAAUACGAAAAGAGUAGAAUGCGAAUGAACGCAGCGGGCAAGUCGAGAGAGCAGCUUCGCAACGAGGCAGGCCUGUCGGUGUGGACACAGUCGAGGCUUCCACUGCUCUACGAUCAGGUCCUCGCCCACGUCCUUGCAUCAGAUCAAGACCGCAGAGAGGCAGAGCACAAGCUUCUCUUGUUCCGUCACACUCUCCUCAAGGCCUUGCCGAACCCUAGAGCCAAGCUUGCCGGGCCCGGCGCCACGGCGGCUACCAUGAAUGACGAGAGCGGGCAGACCGAAGGCGAAAAGGAAGCAGCAGAAUGGGCCAGAAAGACAGAGGCAAGAGACAGCUUCACAGACCUCGCCAAAGGCAUCGUCGCCAUCAAUGUCUCCGAUGAGCUUGCCUGGACGACGGUGCUCGAAUGGGACAAUGUCUUCUCCCUUGCCCAUCUCGAUCGCCAACGGCUUCGUGCAUUUGUUACACACUUUCCGAGCCACGGACUCGCCUCAUCGUCAAAGGCCCUGCUGCACGUCUUGAAGGAUGAGCAAUUUGCAAAGGAACAGGAGGAGAUCAUGAAGGAACAGGACAUCGAGCAAAAGGAGCCGGAUCCGCUCUCUCUCGCCCUGGACGGACUCGAAGCCUGCCCUGGCUCCACGCUGGCACACGGCAUCGCAUCGACCCUCUACCUGCUCGAUCGUGACUAUCUCUCAGCGUCUGAUGUUGCGAGCCAGGGACUUGCUCUUUGCAGAAGGGCCGAGGCCGACUUUGGCAUCGAUCUGUCGCAAGUCAAACUUGCUUUUGAGCUCAAUCUGGCGACCGCUCUGGCCUACCUACAUCCACCUCAACACCAUGCGCGUGCCCUGCGCCUGCUGGACAGCGUCCUCUCGACGUAUGAAGACAACAUUGACGCACUCAGCUGCAAGUCGUUCAUCUACCAGAGCGCGAAUCGCUGGCAGGACGCUCGCAAUCUCCUCACCGUGGUGGCUGAGCUGCCGUUCCGACAAGACGAGUGCGCCUUGUCCAUCUUCUCGGAUCCCCAUCUCGAAGCCCGGCACGAGGUUGCGUGGUGUGACAUCAACUUGGGCCAUCUCGAAAACGCAAAGGGUGAGCUGGACUAUGUCAUUGACAAGCUCGAAUCAAAAGGCGAUGAGGCGGCCUCCGAAAAGGCCAAGGCCUGGUGGCGCUUGGGGCGAUGCCUCUGGGACAUGGGGGGCGAAGCACAAAGAGACCCGUCACAGGCAUUUACAUGCUUUGUCACUUCGCUCAAGCGCAACUCGACCUAUGCCCCUGCCUUCACCUCGCUGGGCUUCUAUUAUUUGUCCGUCGCCGAGCCCGUCGACGGACAAAGGGCGUCGAAGUGCUUCCAAAAGGCCUUUGAGUUGGACGCGAGGGAGAACGAAGCGGCACGAAAGCUCGCCGAGGGUUUCGCCGAGGACCGCGAGUGGGACCUCGUCGAUGUGGUGGCCAGGAGGACGAUUGAGGGCGAAGGGGGCAAAGAGGCGCUCGGCGGCGCUUUGAGCAGUCAGAGGCGCCACAUCACGCGUAAUGCAUGGGCCUGGAAAGCCAUCGGAGCCGUUGAGAUACAUCGGCUCCAGUACGAGAAGGCCAUCAGCGCGCUUCAGAUUGCUAUAAGGAGCGAACCAGAGGACGCAAGGGCUUGGCAAAGGCUUGGCGAGGCUUAUGCUGCCAGUGGCCGACAGAGCGCAGCACUCAAGACAUUCGCAAAGGUCCUCGAGCUGGACCCUGAUCAGUGGACAGCGAGGUACUGCAUUGCCGACGUCGAAAGGUCGCUUGGCAACUUCGAAGCUGCCCUCGAGAUCCUCGAACAGCUGACCGAGGAAAGACCCGAGGAGCCAGGCAUUCGAGCUGUAGGAGCAGAGACGAGGCUGCUCCUCGGCCUCGCCGAGGCCCAAUCGGGCUACGUCCUAAGGGCGGCAGCUUCUCUCGGUGAAGCGCUAGAAGCUAGUCUAGUGACGCUGGAGAAAGAGAAGCUACUCCGGUCUGCCUGGAAGGUGGCCGGGGAUGCUCUCUUUCACCUCGCGCAAUUUCAGAUCGACAUCGAUGACACCAUGGUGGACGACUAUGUUAUUCCGCUCGUCACCUUAGCCGACGAGCUUGGCGUUGACAAAAGUCUCCCUUCCAUCACUGCCGUAACGUCGGACACCGUGGCAGAGGUGCUGGGCAACGAGCAAGAAUCGUCCUCCCUCAAGAUGCUCACCUCUGCGGUGUACCUCUACAAGCUACGCGUGCUCUUGCACGCUGGCGACGAAGAGGUUGCUGGCUCCGCUUGGACGGAUCUGGCAACUUCACUUCAUCGGAUCGCACAGGUCUUCAAGGCUGCUGGCGACGAGCAAGGGAGCACGACUUGUGUCGGUGAGGCCAUUGCAUGCGCAAAAGAGGCUCUGAAGCUCGAGCCAGGCAACGAGGCAUUCUGGUGCACGCUUGGCAACCUCUGCUUUGGCCACAGCGUCCAACUCGCUCAGCACUGCUACAUCAAAGCCGCCGAAUGCAAUCCUAGGGAUGUCAUUCCCUGGAGCAACCUUGGCUUCUUGUAUCUCCAGUAUGAUGACGUAGGAUUGGCCAACGAGAGCUUCAUCCGAGCUCAGACCAUCGACCCCGACUGGGCUCAGGCUUGGGUUGGGCAAGCGCUCGUCGCUCUUGCCCAUGGGGAUGAUGCCUCGGCAAGGGCUCUGUUCAUUCACGCUCACAGCAUUAGCGAAGGUUCAGUCCUUGAAGGAGAGUACGGACUGGCCAAGAGCGCAUUUGACUUGUUCUCGACGGCUGGGACACUGCCGCCAGUGUCUUACCUCCAUCUACCUUCAUACGCCAUCUCGACUUACCUCGCACACCGGCCGAGAGAUGCAUCCGCCUUGCACCUUUCGGCGCUCUUGGCCGAACGACUUUGCGAGAGCUCUUUGGCGAUUCAACGCAUCGACGAAGCAACAUCCCUGCUUGAGAAGGCGUACGAAAAGGAUGAAUCGAGCGAAACGGAGGCUCGAUAUGCCGUAGCGCAAGCCAACCUUGGGAGGAUUCGCCUGAGCGUCGGCGACACAGAGGGGGCGAUGGAAGCGCUCGCGACGACACUGAAUCUCGUCUCGUCCGAAAAAGAAGGAGAUGAGGAGGAAGAAGUGGGUAGUCUGUCAAGGGAUCAGCGCAAACGGGUGAGACUUGGCGCACAUCUUGGAACGGGCAUCGCAUCGUACCUCUCAGGCGAUCUCGAAAGCUCGCUAGAGGCUCUCGAGACAGCCUUGCAAGAGGUUGAGGAGCCAUCGCAGCAGACAAGGACCGAUAUCGUUGUUCAGACUGCCCAAAUUCUUUGGGCAAGCGGCCAGAAAGACGAGGCACAGACAAAGCUGUUGGAACACAUCGGCUCCGGAGGCGGAGCGGAUAAUCUCAGAGCAAUCCUUGCCCUUGGGGCUAUGGGUGCAGUCUCUGACGAUGAAACUCUACUGGAAGCAGCUACGUCAGAGCUGCAGAGCGUGGAGCCAGCAGCGUUCAAUCAGACGAAUGCCGCAAACGACAUUGACAAACUCCUUUCCACGGUCGAGCUUCUCAAGGGGCAACCUUCCGAGGCCUUGUCAAUUUUGAGCAAGACCGUGCUACUCGCUCCUGAUGCUCUGAGAGCGACAAGUGCUCAGUGUGCCCUCGUCGAGACUGUGAUCCGGCUCGGGCAGUCGAGAGAGAUGGCGCUUGAAGAGGCAUGGAAGCUCCACGGCAUGGCUCACUCCGAUGUCGAGAGCGGGCAAAACUUCCUGGAGAAAGCAGAAACGCUCUUGGCAGCUGCGGAGUCUAUGGAGCAGGACAGCAGUACACAGAGCGUUCGAAGCAGGACAGCGAGGGCCGUCGCGCUCGAGCCGUGGAACACAAGAAACUGGAAGGCCCUCGCCGCCGUCUCCUGAUUGUCUAUCGUUCUACACUAUUUCUGCAGCGCUAGUAAUUGCUGCAGCCUACUGCUGUGGAAUGACAGAUCAACGCUAGGCUGCUCUCAAAUUCACAUCAGUACGCCCCAAUCGCAUAUUGCCCAGUAGUAGAGUAUCAUGGUGUUUCGAUGCCAGGUAGUCUUCUCUCCAAUAAUGUGUAGUCUAGGAACCCAUCACAGCCACCUAUGCCGGUGAGAAUCAAAGUGAAAAUCCAAGUUAGCGAUGAGGGACGCGAGCGAUCGAUCUACUUUACAU